GCUAGGCUCCAAGUUCAUUUGAGAGCAAAGGGAAAGUGAGGCCUCCAUCAGCUAGCCCUCCUCCUCUUCUGCUUGUCUUCUCCUUUGUUCCCCUACAGGAGAGAAAAGAUUCAUCUCAACUGCAUCUCGCAAUCCUAUCCUGCCUUAGCUUAGCUUCCUCCUCAUCUCGAUCUCGUCUUCUUCUUCUUCUUCUUCUUGACCAAUCCAAUCUAGCUGUUUGCUUCUGUUGCUUCGAUCUUUAAUUUCCUGCCUUUGAAGCUACAGCCAUGGAGGAGAGGAUUGAGCUAUAGCUUAGCUGUCUGGUCUUCUUUUUUGGUGGUGUUGUUGGAUCGUUGAGGAGGAGAGGAAAGGAUAGAUUGGGAUAGGUGAGGCGCGGCCAUGGAUGGAGAUGGAGCUCGUGCUCGUCGUGUAAUCGGCUGAUUGAUUGAGAGAUGAGACGUGCAGCUGCAGGAUCGAGGACAGAAGUAGCAGGAGGAGGUUGUCGUCGUCGUCGUUGUUGCCGCCAUGGUCCCAGCUAGGAGCCGCCCGUUGCACCAUGACAGCAGCAGCAAGAGGAGCGGCGGCAACUCGUCCUGUCCCCAAUACUGCAUCGCCACCCAACUCGAGGCCUCGUCAGGCGCCGCGCCGGCGGGUAGACUUCGCCACCACCAGCCGCCGGCGGCAAGAUACCCUCCUCGGCAAGUAGCCAUGGCCGACGACGACGCGGCCGGCACGAGCUCUCGCAGUGGCGAAGACGACGACAAAGACUGGCUCCAGCUCGGCCUCGCAGCGGCGCCGCCCUCCUCCUCCGGCGACAACGACGACGCCACGGCUCCGGCGGCGGCCCCGUCGUCUACCCCAACGGAGCUGGACGUGUUCGCCAACAACAAGCAGCACAAAGGGAGGCCGCCGCUGUUCCCGCUGCCGAUUUUCAGGAGCUACCACCAGUACGGCCACGGCGGCCGGUGUCGGCCGACGGCGCCGGCGCCGGCGCCAUCAUUCUUCCCGUUUGCACGGCCGUUGAGGAGCUCCGGCGAUCCGGCCGUGAGAGUGAUUAGCCCGCCGCGACGAGCGGAGGCAGCUGCUGCCGGCUUGUGGCUUACACUUCAGGCAGCCCCUGACCAAGUUAGAGAGCCUAUUUUGCCUCAGAUACCAAAGAGCUAUCUUAGAAUCAAGGAUAGCAACAUGAAGGUGGAGGUGGUGAUGAAGUACUUGGCCGGCAAGCUAGGACUCACACAAUCUCAUCUUCAGGUUGGCAAUUGGGGGGAAUCAUGACAGGAACAUUAUACCUAAACCAAACGUACCACAUUGAGCUAGGUUUGGGAUCUCUUUGAUUUGGUACUAGACAAAAGCAAUAGGUCAGAGGCACAUAUCAGCAUGUAGUAUAUAGUUACCAAAAUACCAUCACGCAUGCAGUUCUAUUCAUGCAUGCAUCAUGCAAAUUUCAUAUUCUCUUAGCUAGAUUUGGUAGGUAAUUUGGACCAGAAUUUGAUUGGUUACCUGCAGAGGGCCUUAUGGCUGAAACUUUUGUAUAGCUUCUUUGCCAAAUUUUGAGUGCCCCCUCAGUGUUUCUGUGGCUUCGUCACUAACAGCAUGUUUUGGUCAGUUCUUAGUGGUACAAUAACUAAUUUUGCAACGAAAAGAAAAAAAAACAAUUAAUACAUGUAGCAUGCAUCUCACAAGUGAAACCAGGACUAAAUGUAUUUUUGCACAAUUAAGUACUUUAUGGAAACCUCCCAUUAAUCCAGUAAAAUUGUUAAUGAAAAAACACUCUACAGAGGGUAAACAAAGUUUUAAAAGAUUCAAAAAUAGACGUACUACCGUAAAUUCAUGUAUAUAUGUGUUACUGUACAUAAUUACAUAAAAAUCC